ACAUAUGUAAUCUGAACACCUGGCUGGUCGUUUAUUCUAAGAAUGUGUAAUACUAAUAAAACUGCCUCUUCAAAUGAUCCCCUUUUUCUGCUACAUACAUGAAAAUCAAAUACAUUUGAAAACCUUACCUACUACUGUUCUUCAUUUGAACUGCUUCACUCAUCACAAAAGUCACCCCGGGACGUUGCUCAUCGACUACUGCAACCUCCCGCAUCUCAACAAAAAAUCACAACGUCUCACAACAGCGUAGUUACAGCCGCGUGUCACUCAUCCUCCCCUCACUCACUCACUCACUCACUCGCCGCUCACCGCUCUCACGCGCCUGCGCCUGCGCCGUUCCGUCCUCCCACGUUUCCAUCAUGACAGUCGCACAAGGUUACCACAACCUCAUCCCCGUAACGAACCUCUCGCCACCCGUCGACACAACGCAGCCCUACGACACCUCCACCCUCGCCGGCAAGACCGUCCUCAUCACCGGCGGCGCACUCGGCCUCGGCGCGGCAUUUGCGAGGGAGUGGGCCUCGCACGGGGCUAAUGUUAUCGUUGGUGAUAUUAACCCGGCCGCGGGCGAGGCUCUUGUCGCCGAGCUUCGCGCUGCGUAUCCGAAGCGGGGGGGCGAAGGAGUAGAAGGAGGAGGAGGAGAAGGAGGAGGAUCGCACCACUUUGUCACCUGCGAUGUUACCUCCUGGGAGUCCCAGGUAAACUUCUUCAAAGACGGUGCGCGCCUCUCGCCGAGCGGCGUCAUUGACGUCGUCGUGGCCAACGCGGGCGUCAACGAGCCUGGCGCAAACGGGCGCUUUGAGAUGCCGCAGGCUUCGAGGACGGACCCUGACGCGCCGCGGGAGCCGUCGAACAAGAUCAUCGACGUCAAUAUUACAGGGUUGUCGUAUACGACGCACCUUGCCCUCUUCUGGCUUCCACGGAACGGGAACGGUGCCGGUGGUUCUGGUUCUGGUUCUGCCCGCGACAGGUGCCUGUUACUCGUGGGCUCCGUUGCCGGCGUGGGGCAUUUCCCGGGCCAGGCGCCGUAUACCAUGUCGAAGCACGCCGUGACGGGGCUGUUCCGGGCGAUGCGCGGGACGGCGUAUAUGAGGCACCGGGUGCGGAUGAAUAUGGUGUGUCCGUACUUUGUGAGCGGGAGCCAGAUGUUUCCUGGGGCGGCGGAGGCGGCGUUGCUUGGGGGCGGGGCGGGCGGGGCGCAGGGGAGAGAUGUGGUUGAUGCUGCGACGAGGCUUGUUGCUGAUGAGGGGGUUGUUGGGAGGGCGCUGCUUGUUGGGCCGGAGGUUGAUGCUUUGGGGUUGAUGGAGGGAGGUGAGGAAGGCAAGAAGGGGGAAAAGGUUGCUGUGUGGGAUGUGUACGCGGAGGAUUAUAAGGAUUGCGAGGCCUUUGUGUGGAGGUGGAUUCGGGUGAUGAAUACGGUUGAGUAUGUUAGGGGGUGGACUGGGUGGAUUGGGGAUGUGUUUUCGAUUCUAACGAGGUCUGUUCGAGGGGGGAGGUGAGUGGUUGUCUGGCGUGAUCACUAUGUGUUUGGGUUACGGUGAGGGCCAAGGGUAUAUCAACUGAACGUAGUCAGAUCAAGUGGCCGAGAGGGAGAGAUCUAGGUAAGGCAGAGAUAUCAGCGGGCCUUAGUCCCCUUUAAUAUAAUGUCAGAUAUCAGGACAAUGCGGCAGACUCCCUUAGCUGAUGAAUUCAAUCUUGCUUGAAGAUCCUACCUCGAGCAGUAGCUGGCAUGCGGAAGGUGAAGAUGAAGGGAGGCCGAUAUAAAGGAGCCCAUGCCAUGUGUUUAUCUAGAUAGGUUCCCAGUCGAAACAUGGAUGGGAGAGUUGCGGAUGUAGUCCCUCUAGAAGCAAAAAAAUAUUUGCUAUGAACAUAUUCGAGAAUAGAGUCUUGAUGUUGG